AUGGCUUCGUUCUCAGAGAAGCGCUCCUCUGGCUCGUUCGACGAGAAAGCCUCCUAUCGCGCUGGAGAUGCUCAAGCUGUCGGGGAGAAUGAGGAGACGGGAGAGACGUUGCAUCGCGGCUUGCAGGCCCGACAGAUAUCCAUGAUCGCUCUGGGCGGAGCAGUUGGUACCGGUCUGAUCAUCGGGUCUGGUACCGCGCUUGUUCGCGGAGGACCUCUUGGCAUCUUUCUUGGAUACUCGUUCGUCGGGCUUGUCUGUUAUCUCGUGCUCACGGGACUGGGCGAGAUGUCCGCAUACCUGCCGCACAAGAGAGGCUUUUCCGGAUACGCUACCCGCUUUGUGGACCCGGCAUUCGGGUUUGCACUCGGAUGGAACUAUCUGCUGAAGUAUCUGAUUGUCACUCCAAACAACAUCAAUGCUGCUGGCGCAGUCAUCCAGUACUGGACCAAGAAGGUUCACAUAGCCGUAUUCAUGGUCAUCUUCAUCGCGUUCAUCUUCGGCGUUAACCUUAUGGGCGUGCGCUUCUUCGGAGAGUUCGAGUUCUGGUUCAGUUCAUUCAAGGUCAUAACGCUUGUCGGUUUGCUCCUCAUGGGGCUGAUCAUCGACCUUGGAGGUAAUCCUGAACAUGAUCGCAUUGGUUUCCGGUACUGGCAACCUCCAAAUGGACCUAUGGGUUCAUAUCUCGCGGACAGGGUGCACAAUCCGCACUUGGCGACCUUCCUAGGAUUUUGGAGCACCUUGAUCAACGCUCUGUUCGCGUUCAUUGGGACUGAACUCAUCGGUGUAACAGUCGGAGAAGCUCAGAAUCCGAGGAAGAACAUCCCCAUCGCUAUCAGAAGGACAUUCUGGCGUAUUGUCGUCUUUUACAUCGGCGGUGUCUUCAUCCUCGGAAUGAUUGUGCCUCGUACUGUGAAGGACCUCUUCGUGGCUAACAGCUCCAAGACGGGCGCAGCUGCCUCGCCAUUCGUUGUCGCAACUACCCUCGUCGGGAUCAGAGUCCUCAACCAUAUCAUCAACGCUUGCAUUCUCCUCUUCGUGCUGAGCGCCGCCAACUCUGACUUGUACAUCGGCUCCCGUACUUUGUAUGGCCUUGCGCUCGAGGGAAAAGCUCCUGCCAUCUUCAAACGGGUGAAUCGCCAAGGUGUACCUUGGCCGGCGCUUAUCCUAUGCACGGCCUUCUGCGGUCUCGUCUUCCUGAACGUGUCCACUUCCUCGGCGAAAGUGUUCGGUUACUUCGUGAACCUUGUGUCGACCUUCGGUGCGAUCACUUGGAUGUGCAUCAGCUAUUCACACAUACGCUUCAUGAAGGCACUGAAAGUCCAAGGGAUCUCCCGUGACACUUUACCCUACAAGGCACCAUGGCAACCCUACGGCUCUUGGUUUGCGCUCGUCUCAACGGCCAUCAUCACUCUCUUCAAGGGAUUUGACACGUUCAUGCCCUUCGUGACGGGCACAUUCGUGACCGCGUACAUCGGGCUACCUACGUUUGUUGUCUUCUGGGCGGGCUACAAGCUGUUCUACAGGACGAAAGUCAUACCGUCUGAGCAAGUCGAUCUCAUCACAGGUCUCCGCGACAUCGACGAAGAAGAGCAGCGCUUCAUCCAAGAGCAAGAAGCAAAAGGGCCGCGCUCGUUUUGGAAACGGCUGUGGGAUGAUAUGUAG